ACAACUCUCAGCUAACUCGCUCCCAGCGCCAUGGUUCGAACAGGUGAUAAGCAAGGUCCUAAGCGGACCAUCCGCAACGGCACACGCGUCUUGGUGCGGGACUUGCCGGAGAAGGUGCGGAAGACAUCGCUGCAGUCGGCCUUUGGGGACUUUGGCAACGUGGUCCGCAUCGAGCUGAUGCCGGAGCAACGCACCGCGUACAUCGAGUACGAAGAGCCGCGAGAUGCGGAAGACGCGGCACGUGAAAUGGACGGAAAGAUGCUGGAGAGAUCCAAAAUUCGAACGAAGAUGAUGGAUGAUCGACCACGGGCGGCAAUGGACCAUGCCAUUCGCGUGCAGGAAGCGUGCUUGGCAAACCUGGAAUCCCGUGCUGCUGAGCAUCAACAGCGCAUCUUUGGUCGCUUCGGAACUGACACAGUUUUGCUACAGCCGAUGUCAGGGAAUUGCUGACUCAGCUGGAUUUAAACCACAAUUCACGGUGAAGUGGCUCGGGCUGCUCCACAGAGCGCGUCAAAGAAAUCUCCAGAGCGAGAGCGACGUUCCAGCCCUCGGCGCCGCAGUCGCAGCAAACGCCGACGCUAGACGUCGAUGCGAAGC